AUGGGAGCGGUGGCACCUCUUCCGGAUUGGAUUCCAGCAGAUGAUCUUUUGCUUAAAAACGCCGUGGAGGCCGGCGCUUCUUUGGAAUCUCUUGCAAAAGGAGCGGUGCAAUUUUCUCGAAGAUUUUCUUUUCGGGAACUGCACGACCGUUGGUAUUCUCUCCUCUAUGAUCCAGUUGUUUCUGCAGAGGCAUCUGCUCACAUGAUUGAGCUUGAGCGUUCUGCUUCAACGCUACAAUCAGGACCUAAUAGGCCAGAUAGUACAAAAGAGACAAAGUGCAGUUUAGGGAAGCGAAAAGCUGAAAGUAUUCGUAAACGUUACUAUGUUAUGCGUAAAAUUUUUUUGGAUGAACAACUUGAUGCAAUGGAUAUUUUAUCUCUUGCUGAACCCGGGAAUUUUAAUUUUAGAGAUGGGAAUGAACAUCCAUCUGCAGAUCGCAUUAUUGAAAACCCAGUUUCAAAUCAUUUUGGAAUUAAUGGUGGUGCUGGAAUUCAAGAUCGCGUUGAAGAUCUUCCCCUUCCUGGUAAUAAUGUGUCCCGGGGCUUUUGUCACACUAAUGAAGAGAAUAUAUAUAUGCCCAGGGGAUUUGGACAAUCUAAAGAAUUGCCCAUUUGUGACUUUUUCAAAACUGACUGUUUAGAGAUAAAAAACCCUGCUGGAUUUGGUCAAACUAAUCAGAAUGGAGGAAAUGUGCAUUCUGAAUUCGGAGGCACAUCAUUAAUCAGUUUUGGCUGUUCGUCUCCCCUGCCUCAAAUGCCAAUUUGGAGUACCAUGCACGACAUUUCUGCCACUGCUCCGCCUGUUCAGCUUGGAGAGAGUGACCAGCAGACAGGAAAAGUAUUUGUACGUACCGGGGCCAAUGAUGCGAAUAGUACAGAUGCACCCAACUUAAAGAAUUCAGUGCCUAACAUGGGAAAUUUAACUCCUAACCCGGAGGACUUCUUUGCGGAAUUGACUAGUACUUUGUUUGACUUUACAAACGAGGAAGAUCAGCUUUUCAUGGAUGCUGAUGGAAAGGACCCGAUCGAGAAGUCUUAUAUUGAUGGUUUCAGUUCACUUUUAUUGGAUUCUCCUAACAAUAGCGAGUUGCCUAAUGUUGUCCCCAAGGCUCCUGAUGCACAUUUUACUUUUACAAACGGUGCACGUAUUGAAGAGUCAGGGAAGAAGGAGCUGUAUCAGAGUUCAAUUAUAGACGCACAACUACCACCUGUUCAAACUGUGAAAGCUUUUGGUCCUGAAUACCGUAAUGGAGUCAUAUGCUGCACAUUCAACACCGAGGACCCAGAAAUUCCUAGCAAUGAUGAUGUUUUUCUUCCCUUUCGCUUUCCCUCUCCUUCUAAUUCCCCAGGGCCGCAUUGGAGAGAUCACGAUGCCCAUUAUCUAAUGCCUUCUUCUAUGAAUAAUUUCUCUAGUACUCGAAAAGCAAAUGGAGGACAGAUUCUGAGGAAUAGUGAACUGAAAGAUUCUUGUGCUCCUUCUCGCAUGAUAGGAUCGUCACGACAAUCAGACAUGGGUGCCAAUAAUCGAAUUGGUAGUUAUGGGAUAAAAUUUGAGUUGCCUAACAGUAGUACCCAACACUUGGCACUCAAGAAUGCAAGAACUAGUGAAGGCCCAAGCCAUAUCAGUUCAGUGGAUGACUUCACAAAGUAUCUUGUACCUGGAGUUGUUAAGGAAGGUGCUACAAAGAUGGUAGUGGGAAAGAAUCUUGAUUAUAAAUUAGCCGGUCCUUGUCUAGAUAAGCAUUUUCAAGGUCCAGACAGUGUUCAAAAAUUUCAGGAAAAUAUUGUUGGCAAUAAGAAGGAAUUUGAUGCUAAAGCUACAGUUCCAAACAAUGGAGCAUUGAAUGCUAAAUCAAGUUUUGUAGUGACGCCAGUCUCGCAACGAAUUGAAAAGUCUCUACUGUCAGAUCAGGAAGAGCCUUGUUCUGAGAAUGAUUUGGAUGUUCCCUAUUUUUCCGAUGUAGAAGCAAUGAUCCUUGACAUGAAUUUGAGUCCAGAUGAAUUUGAUCUACAGUUGAGCCAGGAAGUUUUUCGAUACAAAUGUGAUGAAACUAAGAAAUCAAUCAUAAGGCUGGAGCAGGCUGUUGAUGGUUAUAUGCAAAGAGCCAUUGCAGCUCAGGCAGCAUUUGCUGUUUUAUAUGGUCGCCACUCUAAGCAUUUUAUUAAGAAACCUGAGGUUUUACUUGGGAGAGCAACUGAAGAUGUGGAAGUUGACAUUGACUUGGGAAGAGAAAAGAAUGGUGGUAAAAUUUCUCGGAGGCAGGCCAUAGUAAAGAUGGACAUGUACGGAUCAUUCCAUUUGAGGAACAUAGGGAAAUCUCCAGUCAGUGUCAAUGGCAAUGAAGUUGCAUCUACAGCAAGUGUAACCCUUACUCCAGGUUGUCUAAUUGAGGUAAGGGGAUUGCCAUUUGUAUUUGAGACAAAUGAUGUGCAAAUAAAGAAGCAUUUGGAUGACAGCAUGAGAGCAAGUUGUUCACGGGACCGUAACCCUUCCAUUAGACGUUGA